CUGCAUUGGCGUAUGAGUGCGCCAUUUGAGAAAACCUUAACUCGAACCCUUAGUACCUUGUCUAGUGCUAGAUUAUUGUUUGGUAUCCAGCCGAACAACCACAGAGGGCCACCCUCGAAAAAGCCCUAGCGCAAGGAUUCAACAGAGCAAAGUAGUUGAUGAAUUGAUCGCGCCUACAAGAACUAUACAACCGCGACUAGCCGCCUGUAUUGCAAGCAGAAAUCACCAUUGUUUCCUGGACAGAUUCAUCUACCGGAAAACGCGGAGAGUUCCGCCUAUCCCCGAUGCGAAUUCCCACGAGAGGCUAUUUGAAGUCACAACUAUCUUUCUGUGCUUAUUACGUACAUCCCACCCUCACCAAAUCCUACCUGCCUUCCUUCCUGCUUGAGGGAGCAGCCCAGCUUGAGACCAGAUCCUACCUUCCCCUGCUGCUGCCGCUUGCGCACCAGGUGGUAAUGUGUGGUUUCUUCAGACGGCAGUUGUUGAAGCUAUUCUGAGCGCGAAAAAGGUAUUUGCGAGACAGACUUCGAGGGCAUGGGGAGGAAACCAUGCUGUGAGAAAGCGGGUUUGAAGAGAGGGCCGUGGACGGUCGAAGAGGAUCAGAAGCUUGUUUCUUACAUCACCAAUAAUGGCUUGGGAUGUUGGCGAGCUACCCCCAAGCUCGCAGGAUUGUUGCGAUGUGGGAAGAGCUGUCGGCUUCGAUGGAUCAACUACUUGAGGCCCGACCUUAAGCGAGGCAUAUUCAGUGAGGAGGAAGAGAAUCUGAUUCUUGACGCACAUGCCACUUUAGGCAACAGAUGGUCUCGAAUUGCGGCGCAACUCCCAGGCCGCACUGAUAAUGAAAUCAAGAAUUACUGGAACACAAGGUUGAAGAAAAGACUUCGCAGUCAGGGUCUUGAUCCCAACACGCAUUUGCCUUUGAGAACUGACAGGUCGGACGGCACUGGGGGUGAUACUGAUGUUGAAGAUGGCGAUUGUUCCGACGCCACCAUGAGUGACGCUACCAAAUCCAAGAUCAAAGUCAAGAGAAAGGCGAAAUUCCAGGAAACUGUAAAGGUCCGACAACCCAAAGGCCCAAAGCCAGCCCCGCAGCUCAAAAUGUGUCAGAGCGAGGAAGGGCCAGUGCUUCUCAAGGUGUCCAAGUGUCCUCAGUCAUCCACUAGGAUCAAUCCCAGCCGGGCCCGCAACUUCGAUGAUGACUCAGAGCACUCUUCCAGCAGCCCCGCCAGCAGCACGAUUACCACCAAGUCUGCUGAGGAUCAUCAAGAUUCGAGCAGUUUUGUUAGAUCGCUAACCAGCGCGCCUUCUUUUCCUGAAGCAGAACUAUGGAAUUGCAUCAAGCCGAGUACGAAUUCCAUCACUACAGGCGCUUUAUUGAGCGAUUGGGACUCUAAUCGUGGACUUGACUCCUCUCUUCCUUGUCCUUAUCUUCAUUCUAACACCGAGCCCCCGAAACUCGAAGAGUGCAAACCAUUAGUCACUCCACCUUUGACCCAGGGAGUGUCGCCUUCACAUGACACCAUGGAUAUAGGGAUGCAGAGAAACAUGCAUGUCAGUUCACAGCCGUCUUUAGAGGUGGGAGAGAAUUACUGUUCAAUUUUUCAAGGAACAUGCUUUCCUCAACUGGAGAUGGACAUGUCGUGGACCAUGGAAGGAGAGAUAAGUCAUGCUACUCCAGAGCCCAUAUUUGCUCUUGCCCCUCCCAUCAGUGCUGGUUUGUAUGGAGAGGUAUUGCCGCCUGCUCCUCGCGACUCGUCGCAGGAGAUGCAGAGGUUGGCUGCGCUUUUGGAUCUCAUUUGAUUCUUUGGGAGCUGUAUUGAGCAUCCUACCCACAUCCAGGCCGCUGUCUGGUUCGAGAGUGAUUGCGGGCAUGCCCCGUCGAGAGAGUGACUUUGUAGAUCUUCAUCUGCUGAAAGUGAUGUAGCUCACGUGUUACUUGCGUGAGAGUGAUUUAGCAGGUCUUGAUUUACCGAGAGUGAUGAGAAUCGCAGAUCAUCUGCUGAGAGUGAUGUCAGUUGAAGAUGAUCCGUUUACCGAGAGUGAUUCCUUGAUACCGUCAAAAUUCCGCCAUUAGCUGUAUCUGUCCAGAUCUCUGCUUGCAUGGCAUGAAGAUUUUCUGGUAGCGUCCGAGAGGCAGUGCAGUAAUUAAAUGCGGUUUGCAGUUCGAGGGUAAACCACUUUUCGCGGGUCUAUCAUCUCUCACUUUGCUUAUCCUAUAUUUAAUGGCCCUAUGCACAUGGCGAUGGCGACUGAGGUAGACUUGAGCUCCUACAGGGUGUAGUGAAGGUAACAUGAAGCACAUGUCCGCAUGUGAAUCACCACUACAGACCUUCCUGUACUUCGAAUAACGAUCAUCUGGAUGGCCGACGGAAGUGGCCUGUACUUUCACUGCAAGACAAUUUCCAAGUACCCUGGGGACAGGUUUUUGAAGUCAGAAAGCUGUGUAUAGAAUUUUUUCUCUUUGAAGGGAAACGACGACGUUACGACGGAGUGAUACCGUUGAUGCGAAUGGCGAUUACCCUUCUCGUGUUUAGUGAAGAGAAAGGGUCUACAGCCUUUCUUUGUGCAGCAACUCCUGAGAAUCCAACCCAAGAUGUAAUGCCCCAGCUUGCUACUGAGCUUGCGACGAGCGUUCUCUCGGACGUAAAUUCAGAUUACUUUCUUUUUUGUAGUUAUUUUUCUUUAUUGGUACCUCUGAUGUAGACCCUUUUUGCAGUUCCUUUUGUUGGGCUCUCAGUUUGGAUACCAUUGCAUUGGUUAAAACAGACGGGAUAGCUUUUUAAGCAAAACAUCAAAGAACUUGAAAGUUUUUACACUGGGAUAUAUCAGCUUCAUGCCAUCAUUUGGUAUCGCAUCCGUCAAGCUCUUGAUGGAGGGUCGUCUACACCUCUUUGAAUGUUGCAAUACAGACCUAUCUGUGUCUAGCAUGAAUUUGUACUAAUGUUAUCUAAAUUCCUUUC